CACAAACACCGCUUUCUUCCGUUUUCCAUGUCAUUUCCUGUAAUAAAAAGAUGGUGGUCAUAGCGGAGAGAAGCAGCUGACUGUGGUACAAACAUUUGGAGAUGAUAAACUUUGCAUCGCCCGGGACUAGUGAAAUCCCCCCGUCCCGUCGCGUCGCCGCCGCGUUUCUCGGAGCGGCCGAAGGCGAGGCGCGCCACGGCUGAAGAAGACCACCAAAGACCCCGCGACGCACUGCGUAUAUUCUAUAGACGUUUUAAUAUGUCGAAGUGAAACGAGGCACACAGGAGUCUCUCCUUCCUGCCCAGAUGGCAGAUGCCUGUGCUGUUCCAGAGCAUUCCUCCAUGGAAGUUGAGGCCGAAUGCAGCACCAGUGCCUCAAAUGAGAAGUCAAUUGAAGAGCCAAACAAAAAAUUAAAAGUUGACCAUGAGCAUUCAACCAGUUUUUGGUUCUGUGAAGAGUGCAAGAAGUAUUUCUUGGAGGAGUGCCCUACCCAUGGGCCCCCUGUUUUUGUGCCAGACACCCCUGUGGCAUCAGGGGUGCCCAAUCGGGCAGCUCUCACUGUACCCUCAGGCAUUGAGAUCCACCAAGAUGGUGAUAAGGUGGAUGUCUGCUGCAUGGAUGAAAACAUACCAAAGGGGGCGCUGUUUGGUCCUUAUCAAGGCCAAAUAAUGGCCUCGGAUAAACCCUCAGGGCCAUACUCUUGGAUGAUUGUUGAUAAGGACAACAAAUAUAAAUUCAUUGAUGGGAGUGAUGAAACUACAUCUAACUGGAUGAGGUUUAUUCUGAUUUCUUCUGAUGAGAGUAAAAAGAACCUGAGUGCAUUUCAGCAUGGCGAAGAAAUCUACUUCCAAGUGUGUCAGAGACUGACGGUGGGCGAGAAACUCUGUGUGUGGUACAGCAGCGAGUACAUGAGGCGACUGCAGAGUGUGUCUCGGGACAGCAUUGACCGCAACCUGGACGCAGGAGUGAAAUUAGAAGAACAAGAGGAGCCCAAAGGUCCAGUGUUGAGAUCUGCAAUGCACGGUAGACGGACCCUAAAUAAGCAUGGAAGUGAUGAGGCAGAAAACCAGCCCCAGGCCAAGAAAAAGAAGAUUGACCUCAUUUUUAAAGAUGUCCUGGAAGCAUCCCUGGAGGCUAAUCAGAGUCAGAACAACCCCCUGAAUAGCACCUUGUCUUUUCAAAGAGCAAGAACAAAUGUCUGCCAGGUUUUCAGCCAGCCUGAUGCAGAGUGUAAAGAGUCCAUCUUCACCUCUGGAUUGGCAUCUAUGGAACACCACGAGAGUGGGUUUGAUGCAAAAUGCAUUAAAAUGGAAGAAACAGAAGAAGAGGCGACUCUGACCAGCGAAGGACCAUCAACAUCUUUUUGCCCAAACUGUGUGAGGUUAAAACGACGGAUCCGUGAGCUGGAGGCAGAACUGCUCCGUCUCAGAGGAAAGGGGCCUGCUGAAAUUAAGCCUUUACCACCAUCUGAGCCACUUGCUAGUGAGGACCUCAGAGACGCCAUGACGCCCAUCCCAGCGGCACUUGAGGAGGAUGAUCAGGAUGUUGAUUCUGCUGAUGAAUCCAUUUCUGCUGACCUCAUGGUAGCUACAGAUGAGUCUUCAAAACUCUCGGUGGGCUCAGGUCGUCGGAUUCGUCGCUUUAAACAGGAGUGGCUAAAGAAGUUCUGGUUUCUCCGUUAUUCGCCCACACUUAAUGAGAUGUGGUGCCACGUGUGCCGACAAUACACUGUCCAGUCCUCCCGCACCUCUGCUUUUAUUAUCGGUUCCAAGCAAUUCAAAAUCCACACCAUUAAACUUCACAGCCAGAGCAAUCUGCAUAAGAAGUGUUUGCAGCUUUACAAACUUCGCAUGCACCCAGAGAAGACAGAGGAGAUGUGUCGUAAUAUGAUGACUCUCUUCAAUGCUGCCUACCACCUAGCUUUGGAAGGAAGGCCAUUUUCUGAUCUGCGACCCUUGGCGGAGCUCCUCAAGAAGUGCGACCUCAAAGUAGUAGAUCAGUACAUGAAUGAAAAUGACUGUCAGAUUCUCAUCCAACACAUUACCCGAGCAUUCAAAGAGGAUUUGGCUGAGAAGAUUCGUCUUUCACCCUUUCUAAGCAUCAUCAUGGAUGGACAGAACGAUGAACUCUUGGCUGACACUGUUGCUGUUUAUGUCCAGUUCACCACCACUGAUGGACUUCCUGCCACAGAGUUCCUUUCCCUACAAAGGCUUUGCGGAUGCAACGUGGAAGGCUACCUCCAGGCUGUGGAUCGUGCCUUUGGUGUCCUUGGUCUAAGACUACAGGACAUGCUAGUUGUUGGCUUGGGAAUAGAUGGCUCAAACCUCUCUUCUAGUCUGAGGGCAAAAAUUUACAUAGCUAUACGAAAGACAAUCCCUUGGGUGUUGUGUCUACCUGUAAUGAUCCAUCGUCCCCAUUUAGAGGUUCUGGAUGCCAUCAGCGGCAAGGAACUUUCUUGCUUGGAGGAUUUGGAAAACAACUUGAAGCAACUGCUUAGCUUCUACCGAUAUUCUCCACGUAUGAUGGCUGAGUUGAGGUCGACAGCACCAACUCUGUCUGAGGAAACUGAAUUUCUUGGGGAUAUAAGAGCCAUCCGUUGGAUCAUAGGGGAACCCAAUGUUCUCAAUGCCUUAAUCAAGGACUAUCUGGAGGUGGUUGCUCACUUGAAGAGCAUAAGCAGCCAAACCCAGAGAGGUGAUGCUGCUGCCAUUGCUCUGUCUCUUCUACAGUUCCUGUUGGAUUAUCAGUCGGUGAAGCUGAUCUACUUUCUGUUGGACAUCAUUGCUAUCUUUUCACGACUUGCUUUCAUCUUUCAGGGGGACUAUCUGUUGCCGUCACAGGUGGACUCAAAAAUUGAGGAUGCUAUUAAUGAAAUUGGUCAAUUGGUUGACUCCCCAGGGGAGUACCUACACGAGUUUGAGGACAACUUUCGGGAGAGUUUCAAUGGUGUGGACCUCAAGAACUUGCGGGUUGCCGAGUCCAAAUUUCAGUCCAUUCGAGAGAAGAUCUGUCAGCGAAGUCAAGGCAUCCUGGCCCAACGUUUUGAUCCACGCAGUCGCACAGUGGUCCAGGCUUGUAAGAUCCUUGACCUGGCCUCGUGGCCUCUUAAUAGGGAUGGUCUUGGUGCAUAUGGAGAAGAGGAGAUCCUUGUAAUUUUUGACCACCUGAAGACUAUUCCUUCAUCUGGCCGCGAACUCUCUCAAGAAAGAAUAGAUGCCCGAGGAAGCCUUGUAGUUGAAUGGAGGGAUCUAAAAGCUGAAUAUUGUAGUGUGAAUGGUUUUAAAGAAGUAGUCAGUCACAUCUUCAAAUACAAGCAACGUUUUCCUCUUCUCAAUCACAUCCUGCAGGUUGUCAGGGUCUUGCCAACGUCAUCAACAUGCUGCGACAAAGGAAGAUGCUCGUUGCAAAAAGUGCGCAGAAAUAGCCGUUCCAGACUGACUCUGGAUCAGAUCAACGAUCUGCUCACCUUGGCCGUUAACGGACCACCUAUCGGGAGCUUUGAUGGAAAGCGAGCACUGGACAGCUGGUUUGAAGAGAAAUCCGGGAACAGCUAUUCGCUCUCAGCAGAAGUGCUGAGCAGAAUGUCCACCGCCGAACAAAAGUCUGUGUUGCACAAUAUGGAUAUGAAUGCAGAGUAUUAUCCAGAUAUCUGACUGAUCGGCGCCAUUUGACUGAUCAGCCAACAUGAUUCCAAAAAGCCAUCUCAUUGAAAAAAGGGCUGAUCGGGACUAUAAUGUGAUUGGCCAAGUAGUUUGACACUGGCCCUGCUGCUAAAAUGGCCUAGAUCAGCGUCUUCUCUAAGAGUCGGUAUGAAUGCCUUUGCAGGUCGCAGGCACAUGAAACACUUUAAAUGUUCAUGUAAAUGGUUGUGAUGUGUUGAUAUGUGUUUUUGUCCAAAGAGAUACUAUUUUCAAGUCGUGAGGAUUGUUGCCUUUAGGUGAAUGUUCGACUGAGCACCAUUUCAUCAGGCAUCGGUGAGUGAAGCCUCAUACAGUCUUUUUUAAUCUCUGAAAAUGUCACCUUGCAAAAAACGAUUUUAACUAUACGUUCUGGAAAACAGUUUUAUUAUUAUAGCUGCAAUAUGAUUUGAGCAAUCAUUCUGUAUUUGUAUGUAGAUUUGUGUGUAUGGAAAUGAUAUAAUAAAAAGUGCUUAAUUUUUAUAGCAUGUUCUUAUGCUGGUUACCGCUGAUUGGAAUGGAAAUAGCCACUAUUUUGCCAUGCAGUAUAUUCCUAACGUAAUAUUUUUUUAGAUACUCUUUAGUUAACCAUUACUCUUAAGAUUACAUGUAAAUCUUGGUUUGAUAACAUGUUGAUGUGCCAUAAUACUUUAUGCAAUCGGGCACCUGUAAUGUGCAGUUUACACCCAAUCUGAUUAAAAGAUUUCCAAUAUAUAGCCUAAAUAUGUAAAAAGUUUUCUCGGUUCUUUUAGCAUGUGCUAGUGCUUGAUUUUUGGUACAUCUUUAUAUGUACUGCUACCGGAAGCCAAAUUAUAUCAUAGUUCAAUUUUCAUGUUUGAAGCAAUUUUACUCUGAUGCCACAUCAAAGCAACAAAUAUAUGUUUACUUUUUAAAGGAAUACUCCAUCCCAAAAUGAAAAUUUUGUCAUUAAUCACUGUAAUACUAUAAAACUCCAUAAUUACGUGAAGAAGGAGGCGGGAACCGGCGAACACUCAAAUAAAACU